CGACAGUGGCCGGGAAGUGACUUUCAGAAGUAGACGUCUCUCUUGUAAACCUCUCCCAUCUGUGAAUUUUUUUCUACCAAAUUUCUCUCUAAAAAUACUGCCAAAAAGUCCCUUAAAAUGUAUCAAAUACGUUUUGGAUGUACGCGUCCCGUGUGAAAAACUCCUCUGCAACAUAGAAGGAAAUACCAGUGAGAAAAUUCCCACCUUUCACUCAGGUGUUGCGAGGGGAAACCACUUUCUUUCACGCCGCAUUUCGUAGACACUACAAUAUUGCAAGAGUGCAUGUGUUGUGUGUGCAAUUGAGGCGCUAACAAAGCGAGCACGAUUAAACCACAAGAAAUCAAAAGCUCCAACCAUUGUAUCGAAAUCGAAAGAAUUGGAGGUACUGCGCGGGAGAGAGGGGGCCCCCACGGUGUGAUUCUUGCAUGGCUUCAUCAAUCUCUCGUCCGGCAGAGAAGGUGCCUCACGGUACACUUCCAAUCGAUUUGUGAUUGCCAUUUGAGUACUGUGGAAGAAGCCCUUUAGCCCGGACAUUUGAAGUCGCGACGUCUGAAUUUCUUUGCAUUGCAUUUAGAGCGCGGAAAUGGCAUGGAAUUUCCGCCAAGAACAACCUCGAACAGGUGCUGAGACUGCCCACGAUGCAUGUGAUUACUUUGUCGACGAAGUCUUGGACUUCUGGAGACCUCCAGAUGCCUUUGAGGAGAUCAGAUCCCUCAAAUAUAGGGAGCUCCGAGAGGCUGUGGUGUCAAAUGAUGAACACGAAGUACGAAUAAUCCUCGAAGCUCUCGGAAAUGAGCGCGAAGUGAUUGUAAAUAUGGCUCCUGGUGGUGCCAAUACCCUCAUCUUCUCCUCCGCCCAGGCUGGCAAUGAAGUCAUCGUGCGGAUGCUUCUUGAGGCCGGUGCAGAUGGGAGAGCUCACGCUGUUACGCGCUACUCUCCACUCUACACAGCCGUCCACAAUGGGCAUGUGGAGGUGACGAAGAUGCUUCUGGGAAAGUUUCCAGAACUAGUUCAGCAAUUAACGGUGGAAAAGUGGCUACCACUGCAUGCAGCCUGUAUCAAUGGGCACAAUGAUGUGGUGGAGCUCCUGCUCAACUACACCUACCCAGACUAUCUGUAUUCCACAUAUCGUGAUCCAACGGGUGAGACAGAGUGGAGGCUGGCUUUUGAUCCCAAUACGCAAGACGUCACUGGGCAGACAGCCCUGUACGUUGCAUGUCUCCUGGGGAAUAAACCUCUGGUUGACUUGCUGCUAGGAUGGAAGGUGAAGUGCAUAAAGAUGCGUGAUGGUGAUGUAGAGACACGUCCUGUGAGUAGUAGAGUGAGUACUAGUCCAACUAAAAGGAGGAUUUCCUAUGGGAUUCAGUCGAUUAUGUCACGCCUAAGUUUGGGCAGAGAUGCCGUUGAGGAGGCUGAAAGUGAAUCAAAUAGCUGGAUAAAUCCUCUGCAAGUUGAUUUACUCUGUGGUGCUGCCAGGGAGACAGCUCUCCUAGCAGCUGUCCGUGGGGGGCAUAUAGAUGUUGUUGGGGCACUUUUGCAGAAGAAAGCCGAUCCCAAUGUGAUGGCAAAGCCAAUUGAAGACCCAAAUGAUCCAAAACUCUCAGAUGAAGUGUAUGGCUUCUCAAACAUUCCCCUUGCCGAGGCAGUUCGUCAGAAAUCCAUCCAAAUGGUGGAGCUACUGCUGAAGUAUGGUGCCAAAGAUGAGCAAUCAACAGCCCUCAGUAUUGCCUGUGCCAAUGGCAAUGAGCAGAUAAUAUGCAAAUUACUCUCAAUUCGUGCACAUCCGGAUCCGGAGUAUAAAAUAAACAAGAAAGCCCUCACGAGUGAGAUUGAACUGGCGGGGAAUAGGGUGUCACCCGAUGGGGGCCUGACGUACGGCUCCCUCUUUCCCAAUACGUCAAUCAUGAUAAAUUGGAAUAAUUGUGAUUUAUCCAGCAUCAAGAUAAACUUCCUCAGUGAAGCUGUUUUGUUGCACAAUACACGACUCAAGGAGCACCCAAAGUGUGGGAUUUUAGCCCUUGGGGCCCUCACACGUAUUGAUAUUUCCCACAAUGGGCUCACGGCAUUGCCGCCGGAAAUCUUCACGUUGUGUAGUUUGCGCUACCUCAAUGCGGCACAGAAUAAAAUUCAAUUUCUACCCCUUCCGGAGGAUAUUCCAACAUCCCCCGCGAGGAUUCUCGCAGGGAGUAGACGGUGCUCACGGCAAUUCCCCAAGGAGUACGAAUGCUUUGUCCUGGAGGAGUUGUACCUGCAGGAUAAUCGUUUGGAAGUUCUCCCACCUGCUUUGUUUCGCAUGCAAUCCCUCAUUACCCUGGAUGUGUCUAACAAUAAGCUGCAGGAGCUGCCGUUUGAGAUGUGGCGUGCUCCGAAGUUGAAGGAAUUGAAUGUUGCAUUCAAUCUCCUGAAGGAUUUGCCGGUGCUGCCAAAUCAGGAGGGAGGUGCUUCACAAUCGGAACCCGCAAGUCCAGUGACCGAAGCAUUCCUGUUCAAUCAAAUGGAAGAAUCUGAGGCACAGAGUCGCAAUAGAACCAUCACACAGGUUGAUCUUGUGCGUCAUCAUAUCUGGUCGAAAUCCCUCGAAGUCACCGAUCAGGAAGUCCGUUUGACGGACAUUCGCAAUGAUGAGAAUAUUUCGCAACUCACAAGUCUCAAUUUGUCCAAUAAUCUCUUCACGAGCAUCCCUCUGGCCCUCCCGUGUCUUGCUAUAAAUCUCACAAGGCUCUCAAUGAGCUACAAUAGCCUGCGUUCAAUGGGGCAUGUCACGAGUUAUCCAGCAAGUCUCAAACAGCUCGAUUUGGGGCACAAUGAGAUUACCUGCUGGCCCAGUUUACCACGAAUUGCAGCUCUUGAUCCCCAUUUAGCGUGCUACAACCCGCAGGAGGUGAAGCCCACAAAGCAACCAAUAAAGAAUCUUACAAAUCAAAACACAGAAGUUUCUGUGAUCAAGACAAAUGCCAGUAGUGGGAAUAUAACAUCCCUCCGGACAGCUGUGCUCAAGAGUGUCUGCAGCCAUCGAAGGCAUUUACGCCUCGAGGGCCUCCGGACGCUAAUCUUGGCGGAUAACCUUCUAACACGCAUCCAGUUGUCAACAGACGAUGUGGCCACACUGUCGGAUUCGGAGGAAUCAGAAUGGAGCUUGGUGGGUGUAACAAAAUCCCGGCUAAUCUUUCCAAAUCUCUCAAUGUUGGACAUCAGUAACAAUUGCCUGAAGGAGAUCCCCCCGACGAUCCAUGAAUUGAGCAAUUUGAGUGUCCUCAACAUCAGUGGGAAUGUCGAUGUCACGGAAUUGCCUCCACACAUGGGACUUCUGUCGCGUCUGUGGAAUCUCAAUACGCGCGGAUGCACGCUCCAGGAUCCCCUGAAGGCGAUGAUUGAUAGCAAGAAGUACAAGACAAUGGACAUCAUUGGGUACCUAAAGUCCGUCUACGAAGAUGCCCGACACUAUGCCCGGAUGAAGUUGAUGGUUGUAGGUGUGCAGGGAAUUGGGAAGACAAGCCUGCUCGAGCAACUUCGGCAGGAGGGACCGAAUCGCAACAAGAAGCCCGUUGAUCACUGGGCCAAGAGGAUGGGGCAUAAGAAUAUAAAUACCAAGACAAGCCGGGGGAUCAACAUGUCCACCGUUGGUGUGGAUAUUGGGGAUUGGGUGUGUGAGAAGAAGCUCCGGGGGCACUCUCAGCAUGGACCUGUUGUCUUCCGAACGUGGGACUUUGGGGGGCAGAAGGAAUACUAUGCAACGCAUCAGUACUUCCUGUCAAAACGAAGCCUCUACUUGGUGCUCUGGAGGAUUACAGAUGGCCGCCGGGGACUGGCUGAAGUGCUUCAGUGGUUGGGAAAUAUUCAAGCUAGAGCACCAAACUCUCCUGUAAUCAUCGUGGGGACGCACUAUGAUGCAGUUGGAGACACCUUUCCCGCCAAGAAGGCUGAGGAGCUGCAACUCAUCAUCCGGGAUAGAUUUAUUGCAGUAGCUGAUGCAGAGAAGAUGGGACUACCGCGAGUGCUGGAUUCCAUUGAGGUCAGCUGUCGCACGGGGCACAAUAUAAAGCUCCUGUCGAAUCUAAUCUACGACACAGCCUUCUCCCUUCGCUCUCCUGGCUCCAAGGAACUCCUGCUGCAUCAGAAAGUCCCUGCAAGCUAUUUGGCCCUUGAAGAUGUAAUUGGGACAAUUUCCUCAGCUCUCAGGCAGGUUGGAGCUGAUCCUGUGCUCGAUGCUGAACGCUACAGAAACAUGGUGACGCAGGAGAUGCAAUCGCGUGGCUAUAAGCGCUUCCGGGAUUGGUCAGAACUCAAUCAGGCGACGAUGUUUCUGCAUGAAAAUGGUUGCUUGCUCCACUACGACGAUGCAACGCUGAGAGAUCUAUAUUUUCUCGAUCCUCAGUGGUUGUGUGAUAUGCUGGCUCAUGUGGUGACAGUACGAGAGAUAAAUCCCUUCGCAAGAUCCGGAAUAAUGCGAAUGGAUGAUCUGCAGUUGCUCUUUAAGAAUUCCUGCCUGGGAUCGAGUGACAAUCGCGGGUACAUUGUGAGCCUCUUGAAUAAGUUUGAGGUGGCACUCACGUGGGAUUCCAGGACACUGCUCAUCCCAUCUCUCCUGCCCGAGAAUGAAGACACACGUGGAGGGCAGGUUGUGACGGUGAAAAUAGCCGCACGAAGUCGUGGAUGGGCUAUGAGGUCUAGGAGAGGAGGAGGAUUGGCCUCAGCGUCGGCCUAUGAUCUAACAUCACCACCAGACUCAUUGGGAGCAACGCAAGCCAAUCAUCCGGAAUAUGACAUUUGCACCCUUCCACGACCUGAAAAAGUAAUCUCUCGGCUUCUCCUUAUGUCCUACUUCCCUUCGGGUUUCUGGUCCCGCCUCAUUACACGUGUCCUGGCUGAUGAUCAAGUGGUUGAUGCCCUGAGAAAUAUCUACCCGAUGCGGAAGGAAGACUUCGAGGAGCCAGAAGUAAAUCAAUUGUUGAACAUUGCCUCCCACUGGACUGUUUGGCAGACAGGAUUAGCUCUCUACCAUGGCACUACGCUGAUCUUCAAGAUGCGCGAAAUACCACCAUCCUGUCCCUUUUCGCCUUACCGUAAUCCCAACAAUCGUUUCAAACUAAAGCAGGAUGGUGUGUGGUGUGACAUCGACAUGAAUGCCACGAGUAUCCUCGAAAUAACCUUCCCGAUGCACGCAAUUGGCCUUCGGAGGAUCGAUGAGGCGGGCUGUGGUACAACGGUGAAGGAGAUGGAAGCUAAUAUUCAAUGCGUAUCCCAGCUUGUAUCUCUCAGUGUUGAUCACAUUGAUAUUCUCCUUGAGGAUUGGUAUCCCACCCUUGGGACACGCUUUGUACACACCUCCGAGGGGAGAUUCCUCGUGACGCGCCUUGUUCCGUGUCCAAAGUGCCUCAAGAGGAGCGAUGAGAGGAAUUCCCACUCCUUCACGGGAUCCAAUCCACCCAAAGGUGCUGGAAAGUUCCCCGAGAAAGGUGGCUCAAAGCGCUUGAGUAUGGAGCGAAGAGAUUUUGCUGUGGGUGAAUCAAGUGGACUCAAUGAACUCCCGGCAAUCCUGCAGGCAUUUGAUCAUGCAAUCUCUGCUAGAAAAUCCCAAGAUUCCCUUGGAUGGUCUGAUGGGGAUUCAGGUGUUGGCCCGGAUUCAGCUGGAUCUUCACGAGCAGCUUCAGUUGAGGGCCAUCCACUGCUUAUGGCUGAAACUACAGGACCACCAAACUACUGCUGGAUGGUGGAGGAGUGCAUCCUUGCUGCGUAUGAUAAGAAGAGUGUCUCCUGUCCAGUACACGCCGAAGUUGAUUUACGCAUCAUUACUCCUGACAUUAUCUUCCUGGACUUGUCAGAUUGCUACUUGAUUCGUCCGGAAGACAUCACAAGGGGUCCCCUUCUCGGUCGUGGUGCCUUUGGGUUUGUCUUUAAGGCCACGUGUAAGUCGAGAGUAUCGAAAAAUCUCAUUCCCGUGGCAAUGAAGAUGCUCCAACCUGUUCCACCGGGUUCACGAGCAAAAGAAAGCGCCAUAAUAGCUUACAAAGCAGCCCUGGGGAAAUGGGAGAGAGACCCGUUGCAGCACUCAUGCAAAGCUUACUGUACGGCUAGGCAGGAAUUGGCGGUGCUACUUACCCUUAAGCAUCCCAAUAUUGUUCCCCUUGUGGGUGUUUGUACGCAACCCCUUGCCCUGGUGCUGGAUCUAGCGCCACGGGGAGCUCUGGACAGUGUGUUGCGGCAGUACAGAAGGAAUGGAGCUCGAAUUGGGCCGUACUGCUUCCAAUCGCUCGUUCUACAGGCUGCCAGGGCUAUGGAGUACCUGCACAGACGCCAUGUCAUCUAUAGGGAUCUCAAAGCUGAGAAUGUGCUCGUGUGGGACUUCCCGGAGCCACAUGCCUACGAUCAUCCGGACAAUAGUGUGCAUAUCAAAGUGGCGGACUAUGGAAUCAGUCGGGUAACUCUCCCGUCUGGAGCUAAAGGAUUUGGGGGUACUGAAGGAUUUAUGGCGCCGGAGAUUAUGCGUCACAAUGGAGAAGAGGAGUACACGGAGAAAGUUGAUUGCUUCUCAUUCGGGAUGUUCCUGUAUGAACUUCUCUCCCUGAGGCAACCCUUCGAAGGUCAUGAGGCAGUCAAGGAGUGUAUCCUCGAAGGUGGACGUCCCGUGCUAACGCAGAGAGAAACUCAAUUUCCCUGCUACUGCCUGGAUUUGAUGGUACUCUGCUGGGAUCAGCAACCAAAGAAUCGUCCAUCUGCCAGCCAGAUUGUCUCUAUUGCCAGUGCUCCGGAAUUUACGCAUCUCCUGGAUGUUGUAUCACUCUCGCACACUGGUGGUGUUCUGGCCGGUGUUGGGUAUCCCGUUGUGGCGAGUCCGGAAGACGAUACUCUGUCGUAUGAAUUGUGGCUUCCAUGCUCAAAUUCCCGGAUUGAUCUGCUUCUCGGCUCCCCAAAGGGAUGGCAACAGUAUCAUAGGAUUCUCUGUCCAAAAAUCUCAACUGGACGUGGGAGUACUCCAAUGAAACUCACCACAGUUUGUGUUGUGGACACAUCAGUCUGGAUUGGGGAUGCUGAUGGGAAUAUUUAUGGCUUCAAUGCCUCUGAUUGCACGCAUCUCUUCUCCUAUGCCCUGGAGCCAACACAGCCUAGUCCUGUUGUUGCCCUUGUGCACCUCAAUCGCAUUAAUCGCGUUGCUGCUGGUCUCGAAAAUGGACGACUCUUCCUGCUGGAUUCCUCAAAUAUUCCCACAAGCUAUGUUUCCGCCGAGGGGAGCUUUGUUCUCACGGAACUUGGCUCUGGGGAGCGUCUACAUAGCGUGUGUGCCCUGUGGCGCCUCGAUGAUGAUGUCUGUGAGCUGUGGUGCGGAGAAACGGAUGGGGCAAUGAAUGUGUUUGGCCUGAAGGAUUCAGUUGUGUCCGAACAUACGCUUCUCAAUCACUUUGACGUCUCUCUGGGUGGAAGGGAGUCCAACGUGGUGCUCCUCUAUGCAUCUGAGGAGUUUGUCUUCUCAUGCGUGGCCCCGGGGUGUAUUCUCUACCAAUGGAAUGUGGCAAGGAAGGAAAUUGAGAAUCGUCUGGAUUGCUCAAAGCUCAUUCCGUGCUCCGAGAGUCUCCGCAGUAUCGCCAUUGAGGAACAUUUGAGCCCAGGGAAGUGUCAGAUUACAGCACUGGCGGUUCUUGGGAAUGAUUUGUACAUCGGGACAACGUGGGGAUGUCUCAUAAUUGUCGAGAAGGACACCCUACGGCCCAUUACUGUGUUUCGUCCCUUUGAUGAUGAGGUUCGAUGUAUUCUGCCUCUGUACACACCAGGACACAAUCUGGCACCUCUUAUUGUGACCAUUGGACGUGGGUAUCGUUCCCUCAUCCAUCGGUAUACAGACUCAGUCCCGAGAUCCAUUACAACUCCAUCGGGGAAUGAGAGGAGGCACCUCUUUGGUAGCCCUGAACGCAUUUCCGGCAACAGUGGAGGAGCCCCGAAGGAUCGAAGUAGCAAUAUGCACGCACUAAUCUGGAGGGCAGAUCACUGGACACCGGUGUAGAGAGAAGCCGCCCGUUGGCAUUUUAACUUUUUCGCAAAUUCUUCAUUUAACCGUCCUCUGUGCGUGCGCGUGUUGUGUGUCUGUGGAGUUUUUGACCUUUUAAAAUGCUUAUAAUCUGUGAUUUUCAGAGGAAGUGAGACGCAAACCAAAAUUAACCAAGAGAGAGAGAAAUUCAUUUAUUCCAGAGACUUUGCAAUUUGUAAAAGAAAAUAAUCAUUUUAUUUAUUUCAUUGACAGAGAUUAAAAAAAAGUAUUCCAGUUAAA